AUGUUAAAUAAUACACCUUAUAAACCACGUGAUAACUCCAAUAUACAAUACACUAACAUACAUCAAAAUUAUGAAUUUGUUCCACAAUUUAAACAUAAAAAUCAAUAUACAAAGAACCAUAAUAGUGGUCUAACAAACAAUUCUUAUCUCAAUGGUGUAACUAAUAAUGAAAAACGAAGGCAUCCCAUUAAUUUCAAUAGUUUUGAAGAAAAAAGAAAAAAAUUUAUUAAAUGUAUAAAUGAAUCCCUUCCCCUCUUUCUUGCAUGGAUUCUUUUAUUUGGUACAGCAGUGGCUUAUGCAUAUGGACCAGGACAAUGGCUUUGGUUUUCACCAAUCUCAUCUAAUUUACAUGCCAUAUAUAAUCACAAGGGAAAUAAUAGUCACAUUGCAUGGUUAAUAGAUCUUUUAAGACCCCUCAGACUUGUACUAUACCUUCACUCUACCUUAUUUAUAUUUUUGAUGAUAAACUUUCUUGCUUGCAUAUUCAUUGACCCUGGUAUUUAUCCUAGAGCAGGACAGGAGGAAGAGUUAUAUAGAAAUGGUAAUUCCAAAGUAAUUGAUGAUUUCAAGGCCCCUCUUUAUGAAAGAAUUGAUAUAAAAGGAGUUACAGUUCAGCUCAAAUGGUGCAAUACCUGUAAAUUUUACCGGCCCCCUCGAUGUUCUCAUUGUAGUGUUUGUGAUUCCUGUAUAGAAACCUUUGAUCAUCAUUGUCCAUGGCUUCACAACUGUGUAGGAAGGGGAAAUUACAGAUAUUUCUUCAUCUUUCUUGUUUUACUUAUGCUUCAUACCCUGACUAUACUCGUCUUUAGUCUAACUUUCCUGUUUCACCAUUUCAAAACGCUUAUGACCUCCCCAGGUAUAGUGACUAUAUGUCUUUGCACCUUAGCUUUUGUUCUAUUGCUUCCUAUAACUGGACUAUGUGGCUUCCACUCUCUUCUCAUAAUCAAAGGAAGAACUACAAAUGAACAUGUUACAGGCAAAUUUAAAUCCGUAGACAACCCCUACAACGAAGGUUGGGUCAAUAAUUGUUGCAGGACACUUGCCUCUUCGUCAUCCUUUACCAGACUCCGCUGCUUUCCUAAUUCUUUUUACUUUCGCGCUUGGGAUCGAAAAAUUUAUAAAAACUAUCCUAAAAAGUUUAAAAAAUUUAACGACAUCUACAAUAAUAAGCAACAACGGUCCAUCGAAAAAAAAAUCCGAGGCUAUAUGUACACUCCUGAUCUUGUCUACGAUAAAUACGCGCUAUCCACCCAUAAAAAUGCUAAAAAUACCGUGGUGGAUAUCGAGGGAGUUUCGAAUGAGGAUAAUAAUAGAGCAGUAACCGUUUCUUUAUUACCCAGAAUCAAUAAUGUAAUGAACGCUGAGACGACGUUUGCAGACGAUAUGGAAGUUAAAAAUAUUCCGGAAAGUUCGAAAAGUAGCAUUUACCACGUUCAACAACGUUUGCCGCCAACCAAGCGCACCGAGCUAGAUUUAGAUUUAAAAUACAUUCAAGUGUGAAGCAUUUUCUUAUCGAACUCAAGAAAUUGGGGGAAUUUAAGAGAACGUUUGGGGAUUUAUACAAUUAAUUUUUUUAGACAUAAAUUCGGUAAUUUAGAAAAAAAGAAUUUUUACCUAUUGUUAAAUUGUUGGCGAUAUUUGAAAAUUUUUGUAAAAUAUAAUUCCACAGAUUACGAUUUGAAUUGGC